AUGUCUCGAUUAACUCUCAUCGUGGCCGCAACUAAAAACAAUGGCAUCGGCUAUAAAGGACGUCUCCCUUGGAGAUUGCCAAAGGAAAUGGCAUAUUUCAGCCGUGUUACGACUCAUGCGCCAGACGGCCGCGUAAAUGCAGUGAUCAUGGGGAGAAAUACUUGGGAAAGCAUUCCAUCCAAAUUCAGGCCUUUACCCAAACGUACAAACUACGUGAUCAGCAACAACGGAGAAUAUUCCUUAAACGCGCCGGCGACGCUACGCAACGAUUUAGAAACCGCGCUGGGAGAAGCUGCAACGUCGGAAGAGCACCAUCGCGUGUUCGUUAUUGGUGGAGUUACGCUUUACACGCAAUGCCUUGCGCUGCCGUCUUCCUCACCCACAUUCGUUGAUCGCAUCCUGCUUACGCGCGUUUUCUCUCCGGCAUUCGAAGAAUGUGAUACAUUUAUGCCGGAUAUUCUGUCGGAAAAAGAGCAAGAGGGAAAGGAACGAUGGGAGCAGACGUCACACGCAGAGUUGUCUAGUUGGGCUGGAUUCGACGUGCCAGAAGGAAUACAGUCGGAAAAUGGUGUAGAAUACGAAUUCCAAAUGUGGAUUCGUGUAGUAUGA